AUGUUGAAACUGGCUCUCAUGAGGAACGCCACAGGAAAGGAAGACAGAUUUCAGGAGGCCCGACAGGUGAUGUCUCGCUACGACACGUUGAUGCUGACCCGGGAAGACCUGGUGCCCACUACCCAGCAGAACCAGGAUAGCACAGAGAAAGCCCGAGCCCAGCUGACCCCCAUCACAGAGCAGAGCAACGACACCCUGCUGCACUACAACACUCUGGCCCAGCUACGGAGCCAGCUGGACAAGUCCCACACUGAGGGCAUCAUCUGGGAAUCAAGAUGGGCCCACAUUCAGAUCACAGCUGCCAUGAAGACACUUCUGUUGUGCACAAUCAAGGUCACUAUCAAUCUUUACCAGAGUGUGUGCAAGAGGGCCAAAGACACUGGGGAUUUACCUGUUGCUCCAGAGGACCCUCCUAAGCAGCUGGAAAAGGAAGAGUAG